AGUGGGCGCUCAAGACGAUCCAUUGCUUGAUUUCUGACGUCGACGUCAUAUCUGUCUGCAACGUUGAAGAUGCGUUGUGACAGCAUAUAUAUAUCAUCACUUUUUGCAGUAGCCUCCAAGUAAUCUGCUGUAUGCUGGACUAAAUCAGUCACAGAGAUACUUGCUCGUUGCGUCCAAUCCUAAUCUUUGUAGUAAUGUCGCAGAAAGUUGUCGUUUGUGGUGCCGGAUUUCUUGGUUCAAACAUUGCUCGUGCAAUAGUUGGUGCUAACGCGGCUAGGAAUCGACGAGUUGUCCAAUUGUCCUCGCGUCAUCCCGAAAAGGUUCACCAAUCCGCUCUCCAAAGCCUUCCUCAUGAACAGCAAGCCCGUCUCCUCCCACCUGUAUCCGUAGACAUCACCCAACCAGAUACUCUCACUCCUGCCCUCCAGGAUGCCUCCGUAGUAGUCUCUCUGGUCGGUAUCCUACAUGGAACAGAAGCAGACUUCGACCGAAUUCAAUGGAAGGGAGCGCAGAACGUUGCUCGUGCAGCUCAAUCUGUUGGCGCCAAGUUGAUUCAUUUUAGUGCCAUUGGCGCAAAUCCGAAGAGCAGGCUUCCGUAUGAAAGGACGAAAGGACUCGGGGAGCUCGCCGUAUUAGAGGCCUGUCCAAGUGCGACUGUGAUUAGGCCAAGCCUUGUUUUUGGGCCUGGGGAUGAUUUCUUCAAUCGCUUUGCACGAUUGUCUAGAGUCCUGCCCUUCAUGCCUGUGUUCGGUGGCGGUAAGACAUUGUUCCAGCCUGUUUAUGUUGAUGAUAUUGCCCAGGCUGUGGAAAUAAUAUCUCGGGGUGAUGAAGCUAUUCGAAAGCUCGUGGAUGGAAAGAUCAUCGAGGCAGGAGGGCCGGAUGUGAUCACCUAUCGUCAAGUCAUGGAAUUGGUGUUGAAGUAUAGCAAGCGUUGGCGACCGAUCAUCUCAGUUCCAUAUGCAGUCGGUGAAUUGCAAGGAUUCAUUUUGGAGAAGCUUCCUCCAAACCUCUUUACCUUGACGAGAGAUCAGGUGGAGCAGCUGAAACAUGACAACAUCAUCAAUCCUAACCCAGGGCCGAACUCAGUCGCGUUCCAGGGGCUUUUGCAGACGUAUGCUUCACGCAGACUGGCCUCCGUUCAUGAGUACCUAUUGUCACGCAGUUAAAUUCGGCUCGUUCGCCGACUGUUGAACUCAGUUGACCGAAGGGUUAUAGGCUGCCAAGUGUACUCCUUUUCACUCAACGCACAGAAUACGCACACUCUAG